CUCAGUUUAAGUACAAACUUCUGCGAUACCACUUGUGCCAGCUGAGUGCGAUCUUUGUUGACUCGGAUUACGCGUCGGGCCGUAAGCUAAAUAAGCGUGAUAGCCGGUAAUCUCGGAUCGGAAAAAACAACCACAACUCGGAUCGUAGUAUUACCUGACGAACAUCAGUAGUAAUCCCCGCACUAUGCCCGCCAUCGAGCAUAAGUUGAACGUCACCGAGGAGGAGGUUCCGGAGCACAUCCGGCGACUGGCCAAGGAACAGGGCGAGUGUCAGAGUUCCAAGGGUCAGACCAUUGAGCAGUUCCGCAGCUACAUUAUAGAGCGAAACGAGUGCCAGCCCCAUCGGAAUGAUGACAAGUAUCUGGAAAAGUUUCUGAGAGCCCGAUACUGGAAGAUCGAGAACAGCUAUAAAUUGCUGUGCAGCUACUACAAAUUCCGGGAACACAACAAAUCCUACUACGAAAAGGUUCGCCCCUUGGACCUACGCCACGUUGGAGAAUCCGACAUCCUGACAGUGACGCCUUACCGAGAUCAGCAUGGCCACAGGAUACUCAUAUACCGGUUCGGGUUGUGGCGACCCAAUCGAGUGACUGUCGAUGAUAUUUUCCGGGCUACUAUUAUUCUGCAAGAGCUUGGCAGCUUGGAACCGAUCUCUCAGAUUGUGGGUGGUGUUGGAAUAUUCGACCUUAAAGAUUUGGGUUUCGAACACCUACUCCAUCUGAGUCCUAGUGUGGCGCAGAAAAUGAUUGCUCUGCUUGUGACCUCCAUGCCCAUUCGUACUUCCGCACUUCAUAUUGUGAACCAGAACUGGGUGUUUAAUGCCGCUUUCAAGAUAUUUAAACCCUUCCUCAAUGCCGCCAUGCGCGAAAAGCUGUACAUCCAUGGCAGUGAUAUGAGUUCCCUGCACAAUCACAUCAAUCCGGAGCAUCUUCCCAAGCGCUAUGGUGGCCUGCACGAGGAUUACUCUUACACGCUCUGGCUGGAUAUGUUGAAGGAGCAGUGUUCUUCGAAUAAUGUCCAAAAGGAUAUGGAACAAUUGGGCUUCAUUUUUGACUAGGACUCAAUUUUAAUUUAUUUUAAUAUUUUUAUAAAAUUUUGUUCCAUUUGGCACUGAUGGUCUCUCACUAGAUUUUAUAAAUAAGAUGAAUGGGAAACAUG